AUGGUUUCCAGGUGGAGAAAAGACCAAAUCCUGAUCCUUUGUCUCUUUCCUUUUGGGUUUCUGACCGUUUUGAUUUUUAGUCAUUUGGUUAAACGAUCUGGGCAUAUCUUAAGGGAUGUAAGAUUGGUUUGUGAUGGCCGGAAUUCAACUCGGUCUAAUCGGCGGCAUGAUCACCACAAUGAUAAACAAAAAUCUAACAACAAUCAACCCGAUCAAAGAAAAGAUCAACUACCGGAUUAUGUUGAUAGUUUGAAUACGGCAGUAAAAAACAAUGAUAUUAUGGGUAAAGAGGUCUUGCUAGAUCUUAAAAGAUAUGUUGAUUCUAUCUUUACCGCUGAUAAUGCUAUGGCUUGUACUGUAAAUACUGAUGAGAAAGAGAUAGCUUUUUUCGUGAAUGAACGUGUCAAGAUAAUCAAUGAUUUAAGUCCUGCUAGUAUCCAUAAAAUCAAUUUCUAUCUUUCUAAUCGGAAUGUAACUACAAUUAUCUACUUGAGCAGACUUAAAGAAAAAGCAAUCUUACUAUCUAAUGUUGAUUAUCUUUAUUGUCGGCAGAUAAUAUUUAGACGUCAUGAAAACGCCCCUGCUAAUCCUCCUUUGUACUGCCAAGCUUGGUAUUUGCUUUAUAUUAUUUCUUUGAUUCGUAGAGUUGAUAGUAUUGUGUUUGAUUUCAAUGGAGUAGUCUUCAUUGACACGGGUCUACUGUUUGAUCCAUACAAAAAGGAUGAAUUGGUGACAAAGAUAUGUAGAAUGGCUACUUUUAGGCCUAAGAAGAUUCAUUUUUACGGAGUAUCUCAAUGGUUGUUUUGUAGUAUUAUCUCGUGCUUUACCUAUCUGGCAGUUUCAGAAAUAACAGAGCUGCAUAUUGUUGAAAGCUAUAUUGAAUCCAUAGACAUACUUAGUUCGUAUGUCUGGACCGAUCUGUCUAAGUUUUCCUUGUGUAAUGCUCCUCAUCUGCAAAGACUUGACUUGUCUUUCUUGUGUACAGUUGACCGGCCAUUAGCCUUCUUUAAACUUGAAGGAUUAGCACUGCCUUCCCAUCACAGGCCAGCGUCUAGAUCUGUUUUUUAUCUAAAGGCCAAUUUGGCUGUCAUUGACGUUCUUGUUUGGUUCAAGAUCCUUCGCCAAUUUAUCGCUGUUGAAUUAACCAUUCACCGGGUGCUAUUGUUCACCAUCCAUUCUCUGGAGCAGGCGGAGUCUGAUAUUCACGAGAUAAUCGGUAAGAAACUUAUUUGCCCGGAUAGUUUUCGGCCCAUCUGUCCAAUUACUGUAUGGUUCGUUCGGCAGUACAUUAUCAGCUCGCCACAACCUUGGUCUCAGACACACAUGCAAAUUGCUGCUUUAAUUGACUCCACGAUUAGCAGUGCAUGUUUGCCCACAAUCAAAUACUAG